AUGUCGACUUUUGAUUUAACUUUACUUCACCCUCCUCGCUCGCCUUCACCUGAGGCUCAGGCGCCUGUCAAGGCUGCGCCAAUGCUCGAUGAGCUGGCUCAGAAAAUUCCUGAGCCUGCGCCUGUCGUCGAAUCUGAGGGUGACCGCGUGCUCUGCAUCUGGAACACGCUGUUGCCGUCGGUUGGCAUACUUUUGGGCUCGCGUCCAGAGCUCCUCCAAGAGCAUCUGGAGGACAUUGAAUUGUGGCUCUGUGAAUGGGCGCAUUUUGAGGCUAAUGCAUGCGUCUGCAUGCACGACACACUGAAGGCCGAGACAUUGCUCCCAAUCGGAGAUGAGGAGAAGGAGGACCUCCAGGAUUUGAACAAGUGGGUGGCGGUGGCAUGGAAGACGGUGAGCGGCUCGAAGGAAGCGGCGGAGGCGAUCAUGGCGGAUGUGUGCGUGGCUCGCGCAGAUAAGGAGAAAGGAAAGGGAAAGGAGAGGGAGGAGAACCCAGACAUGGGUAAGCCUAAGGCUGGGGGGUGUAUGUCAACUGGCCCCAAGACGCUCGACCCUCCUUGUGAGAACUGCAUCCAGCACGGCAUAAAAUGCUUGCAGGGCAAGAAUGUGUGCUGUGGACCUUGUGAGCGCUCGCACAGGGCGUGCAACUUUGCUACCAAAUGCAAGGCGCCUGAGGCUGCCAGGCCUGCAUGCAAAGUGCCUUGCGUGGCUGAAGAACGCGUGCCAAUGGUACAGCCGACCACGGCUGAUGAUGCCGACGACUCUGGCGAGUCUGAGGUUGAGGUCGUGGAGGUACAAAAGAAAGUGCACCCUGCACCCAGGCCAGUGAGGCCAUUGCCUGCGUGCCCUGUCGCUGGGCCUUCGAGGGUUUGCACUGUGGCAGUUGUGUUUGGUUUGGGCUUGGUUUGGGCUUGA